AUGCAGUGGGGAAAGACUUGGCCAUGGCUGCUUGCGGCCGCAGUGGCGGUGAUGGUGCUGGGGGCAAGGAGGGAGGAGGAGAAGGAAAGCAUGGGGAGAGAGACGACAAGGACGAUGCUGAGCGAGAAGAGCCUCGUCCGGAUCUUGCACGAGCGAGAAAGAGCCAGAAGGCAGCUUAAGCAUACUCUGGGAAGGAUCCUUAGCGGGGAAGAUCGAGAGAGAGAGAGUGGGAGGAGCUCAGAGGGCUGGGGCUGUAGAACCACUCAAACUGCAUGCUGCCGUAACAGAGUCAUCAAGGCGAUGUUGCGACCUCCGCCAGUAUCACACGCCAUAGCGAAGCCCAACAUGAUAGCGGGACAGGGUGAUAGGAAGCAAAUGCUCCUCGCGUUGGUUCGCGCACCCCUCGACUGCAUCCGCAAGGCUUACCAUGGGAGGAUGAAAGGGACGAAGUUCGAGCGCGUGGGGAGCGCUCCUUCAAGCUCGACUUCAGCAGAGGGGCUGACGGAAGAGAGGGAGAGAGUCGCGCGUGAAGUGGCUCAGGGGAAGUUGAGCGAGCAAGGGAAGCGCUCGACAGGGAGCUUGCAGCUGAAGCGAAAGAUGAAACCUCCCAAGCUCCUGAGGAUCGUCCGAUCGAGGGCAAGGAGUCAGCGCCUGGCCGAUGUAUACAAGGAAAAAGAAAACAUCGUGGAUGCUGAAAGGGCAUACAAGGAGGGAGAGCUCGCUGCUAAGGCCUACGACAAGGGCGAGCUGGAUGCGAGAGAGUAUGAGGCAGGACUGCAAGUCGCUGAGCAGCGGAGGAUGCAGCAAGACAAGAAGCAGUGGGACGAAGAAAAGAAGCUUGCAACUCUGCACCAGAUUGCCUCAGCUGCAUGCCAGAAGAGGAUGGCGUUGGAGGAAGAGGCAAGCCUGGUCAAAGCGCAACAGAGAGUCAUUCACGAGCUUGAGAAAGCUGUUGCGAUGCGCAAAGAGGCGGGGAAGUCACAGACGCCCAAGCGACCGGAGGCUAACAACAACAUGGGGAAGGAGGUGGCAAAGGAUCCGCUGGAGCACCCAAACUUCUCUGCAGCUCGUUGCCAAGUAGCUGUCAGUGCUCGCUCGUGUGAGGAUGUGACUCUGAUGCCGAGCAGGAAGAAGAAUCUUGCGAAGCUGCGCAAGGACGAGGAGGGGAUUCACUGA